UUCAAACCAGUAAACCAUAAGAGAAAAAACAAAACAUAUAUAUAUGAACUGAAGAAGAAACAAAUACACUUACAAAAUCAUCAUCAAUGGCGGCAUCAAAGAGUUAUUUCGCAAGAGCAACGAACUACAGGUUCCUUUCAAGUGACCGUAACGUCGUUCCAGUAACAUCCGAUUUCGAGUUCGACGAAUCCGAGGUCUGGAACAACAACAACAACGCGCCUUCGGCGGCGCGUGCGUCGUCACCGCGGAGAAUUUCUAAGAAGCCGGCGCGUGAUCGGAGCGUUACGGCGGCGGCGGCUUCGUUGCCGGUGAAUGUGCCGGAUUGGUCGAAGAUAUUGAAGGAUGAGUAUAGAGAGAAUAAGAGAAGAGAUAGUUAUGAUGAUGAUGAUGAUGAUUUUGAAAGAGGUGAUGACGUGGAUGAUAGGAUACCGCCACAUGAGUUUAUAGCGAGGACGAGAAUUGCAUCGUUUUCUGUGCAUGAAGGAAUUGGAAGGACUUUAAAAGGAAGAGAUCUGAGUAGAGUUAGAAAUGCUAUUUUUGAGAAAACUGGAUUUCAGGAUUGAUUCAUCUAACACUGAGAAAUUAAUAUCUACUUUUUUUUCUUUUUUUUUUUUUUUGCCUACCUAUUUUUGAGAUGGUGAAGCGGUAUGAGUUGUAAUUCUAACGUUUUUUUUUUUUUUUUGCGAAAUUUUGAGAGGAAGUCAAUUCGAAAAAGACAAAUUUCAGUUCUUUUUGUGAUUCUCAUAUAUGCUAGUUGUAAUAGUAUUAUGAUUUUUAAAAUCAGAUGUCUCUCUGUUCGUGUGCAUGUAAUUAGUAAAUUUCGAUUGAUCUAAUUGAGAAUAGAGUGUAGGUACAAAAGAGUGUGGUACCUACUCUUUUUUUCGAAAUUUUGAGAGGAAAUCAA